AUGCAAACGUCCCACAGACCCGUGCAGCUGCUUGCUGUCAUGCUUCUUAUCGUCUCCACAUUUGGGCAGUAUGAACAGGACAAAAGGUGGGAUGUGUAUUACUUAUUUGUUUAUUCAUGUAUUUAUUUUAGUUAUUUGUUUAUUUCAUUAUUUAUUAAAACUGUUAAAAGCUGGGAAUGAUUUCAAACAGCUUUGACAUUAAAAAUGCGGUGGCUUUAUAAAUGCAGCCACAGAUGGAGGUGUUUGUUGAGCAUCAGCUGCGGUUUAGAUGAGUCACUUUGAAAAAACACAUUAAAAAAGAGAAAUAACAUUCAAAUUAAACAAAAUCUUAAUAUACUAUAAAAAUACAUGAUAGCAGUGUCUAAUUAUCUCAUCCUGAGUCACCAUGGGAAUAUUAUCUAUUUGUAAAUAUCUCCAUUUCUUCUGUAUAAAUCACUGUGUGAACGCGGGUGUUGAUAGACCUUUUGCCAGUUUAGGGAGUCAGCCUCUAGUGGACACUUGAGGGACUGCAGCUUUUUUUUUGGACUUGUGUAUUAGUUCUAUUUUUAAAACAGUAGUUUGCCGGUUGGUGGAAGCCUCAAGGCUGAACAGUUAUUAAAAUGCAGACAAGUUAGAAAGUGCAGUUCUUAGAGUGACCACUAGAGUCAGGCUCCAAAGUGAGUUAACGCCCAUAGACAAUAAUACACAAUCUUACAGCAGAAUUAAACAUUUUUACAGCCUGGUGCUUUGAAGUUUUUUUUUAUUUUAAUUAUUGUUAUUAUCAAAGUCAAAGUUACAGAGAGUACUUGUUAGAAUAACUCACUUAUUUAAAUUAAAUUAUGCCUAACUUUUGCAGAAUUAGAAGUGGUGAUUUUUUGACUGAUAACUGGACGCUGUCUGCUGAAUAACAUCCUUUCCUUCUUUCUGCAGUCGUCGAGCUGUAACUGAACACCAGCUGAUGCACGACCGCAGCCAAAACAUCCAGAGUCUGAAGAGACUCAUCUGGCUGUCCAGCGCCAUUGAGGGUCUGCACACAGCCCAGACCCGCUCUGCAGUUUUUAACCCCUCAAAGUCCCUGAAUCUGGCUCAAAACCCUGUGCUGAUCCCUGCAGCUGAAAGCCCCCAACCCAGCCGAGUCCACAGCCUUCUCAGAGACUCUUUCAACAGCCUUUACCUGAGCAAACUGCCCGACAGAGAGGCCUGA